GGGAUGAAAUAUAUCGGCAAUUUGAAGGUAUACAUAGUAGAUCACAACGUACCCCAUUUCCGUCAAGUAAAUUAUCAGAACAGGAUCGAAAAAAUUUCUUGAAUGGGACAAGUUUAAACAAAUCAUCUAAUGAUUCAAAUGAUGUUAAUAUUAAAAGGCCAAUGAUAGUUGAAUUUCUCGGUUCUCUAUUAAGUAUCAUUUUAAAAGUUGAUCCUAUUAUCAAUGCAUCCUCUUACGAAUUUUAUCAGGAAUGUUUAAAUACCCUGAUUGUUUUACUAUCCACACAAAUACAUCAACUAAAUGCCGACGAGAAUGUUAAUAAUUGCUUUCUCAAUAUUUUACUUAAUGAUUUCAAUUACCUAAUCGAUGACUUGACUAAACGCUUGGUAACAAAUUUCAUUGAUCAGAAAACGGUGCCAUCCGUUUCAACUAAUGUAGUUUACAACGCAUAUUCUUAUCUUUUUGCCGUUAAAUCACCUACCGUAUCCUCUUUUGAUCCACAUCCUAUCGCUGAGCGAAGUUUGCUCAUUCUUCUCUUAUUAACGGCGCAAUCUUCCGUCUCAAACGAAUCUAAAAGUCAUUUUCGAAUUGGCAUAAGUCAUCUCAAAGAUGAACAAGGUCUGAUGGGUGGAAAAAUGGAAAUAUCUUUUCGAUCAUUAUAUCGGUUUAUUUAUCAGCAAUUACCGUCAGAGGAAAUAUGCCUGCUGUUAUACAUCUUUAUGGUUGAAAAUGUUGACUUCAGAGUUUAUGUUUUAUCGCGUUUAGAUCCAGAAAUACUGCUUCUUCCAAUAUUACGAUUAUUAUAUGAAAAUAUAGAAGGCAAAACAAACUACCCUCAAAUAUAUAUAAUGCUUGCAAUUCUGUUGCUUUUCAGUCAAGAUGAUGUCUUCAAUGAGAAUAUACAAAAAGUGACAGUAACAUAUCAACCGUGGUUCACUGAACGUAUUCUAAAAUCAACAUCACUUGGUGGAAUAGUCUAUCUUGUUAUGAUUCGUUUAAUACAGUUUAACCUUACGAUUCAUAGAGAUGUUUUCAUUCAUACGAAUUGCUUGGCGAUACUUGCAAACAUGUCUAUCACCGUUCAAGAUAUUCAUCCGUACGUUUCACAACGCCUCGUAAAUUUAUUUGACAUCGUAGCCAAACGUUAUCAAAAAUUAAAGAUUAAAGCACAACAAGGGGAUGAGAAUUCAACCGAUAUUUUAAUAUAUGAAGAUCUUGCCUGUCUGGUCUUGGAAAUUGUUAAUGCAAUAAUUUCUUGUAAACUGAAUUCUAAUCCUCAAUUAAUAUAUGCAUUGCUACAUAAGAAGGACAUGUUUACUCAUUUCCUGACAGUUCCACGUUUCUCGCUGUUAAUUGCUAACGUUAAUAAUGUAAUAGACUAUUUCAAUACUCGGGUAUCAGCAGCAAAUAUAAAAGCGCCAUCUACAGAAGAGAUUGCCGAAAUUAUUGAAACAGCUACAAGGACUUGGCCACCUGGUCGACUACAGGAAUUUCCGGAGCUGAAAUUCCAAUAUGAAGAAUCUAUGUAUCCUGAAAAUUUUUUCUGCCCGUAUAUAUGGACCAUAAUUUAUCAACGCUUUUGGAUUUAUUGGGAUGAGGAAAAAUCCCAUCUUUUACGGGAGUUUCUGAUUGACGAAGAUGAUGUCGUGAUUCCUGUUGAUUAA